UCCAGUCUAGUCUGAGUCUCCCUUUUGAACAAGAACAAAAUUUAUUUCCUCCUUUUGCUUAUUCGACUUCUCCGGUGAAGCCCACCGACAGAAGGAGGAAGAGAGAUGUCGAACUCGAAGGCCGCAGUGGAGGCGGCAGGGGGAGCGAACGUGAAGGCGCGGUCGUCGUUGUGGGAUUCGAUCCGGGCGUGCGGGAUCUUCGGGGCGAAGGUCCAGAAGGAAGAGCUCAGGCGGCGGAUCGUGAUGCCGGCGUAUCUUAGGUCGGCUGUCGCUGAAUCCAUCCGGGUCCGGGAUGUAGGCGCGGGGGUCAGUGCUGCGGCUGAGAAACGCAGCGGCACGGAGGCGGACGAGAUGCCGGAGGCGCCGCUUGUGGUUUUCGUGAAUUCCCGCAGUGGUGGGCGCCAUGGGCCCGAGCUGUUGAUCCGGUUGCAGGAUCUCAUCAGCGACGAACAGGUCUUUGAUCUUUCAGCGACGCCACCUACUCAUUUUGUUCGUUAUGGUUUAACUUGCUUAGAGAAUUUGGCAUCUCUGGGUGAUGAUUGUGCAAAGGCCAUCCGUGCGAAGCUAAGAAUUAUGGUUGCAGGAGGUGAUGGUACAGUAGGUUGGAUUCUGGGGAGUCUUGGUGAACUUUUUGUGCAGAACAGAGAGCCUGUUCCUCCAACUGGUAUUAUACCGCUUGGAACAGGGAAUGAUCUUUCUAGGAGUUUUGGAUGGGGUGGUUCUUUUCCUUUUGCAUGGAGGUCAGCAGUGAAACAAUCUCUUUUUAAGGCCGUUUCUAAUCCUGUUCGAAACCUUGAUAGUUGGCAUGUUACAAUCAUAAUGCAAGAAACGCAGGGGAUCCAAUUGCCUUAUUGUCUUAAGCCUUUGGUAGAGUAUGAUCUCAAUCAGGAUGUUGAUAUACAAAGAGGAUUACCUGAAAAAGUUUCUUGCUUUGAAGGAGUCUUCUACAACUACUUGAGCAUCGGAAUGGAUGCCAAAGUUGCCUAUGGCUUCCACCAUUUACGUGACACAAAGCCAUACCUUGCACAAGGCCCAAUUUCAAAUAAAUUGAUAUACGCUGGAUACAGCUGCACACAAGGUUGGUUCCUUACACCAUGUGUGAGAACUCCAAAUCUAAGGGGGCUUAAAAACAUUUUAUCCCUUCAUGUCAAAAAGGUUAACAGCAAAGAGUGGGAGAAGAUUCCAAUACCUACUAGCGUUAGGUCCCUUGUGCUUCUAAAUCUUGACAGUUAUGGAAGCGGAAGGCAUCCAUGGGGGCAUCCUUCACCUAAAUAUCUUGAUCAGAGAAGGUUUUAUGAGGCUCGAGCAGAUGAUGGGUUGCUCGAGAUAUUCGGAUUGAAACAAGGAUGGCAUGCUUCCAUGGUUAUGGUUGAAAUUAUCUCUGCUGUACACAUUGCUCAGGCUGCUGCUGUCAAGUUGGAACUACGUGGUGGCGACUGGAGCAGAGCUUAUUUGCAGACAGAUGGAGAGCCAUGGAAACAUCCUUUAAACAGGGAGCAUUCUACAUUUCUCACGGUAGAGCGGGUUCCCUUUCAAUCACAAAUGAUAAGUGGAAAAUAGUAUAUUUUCCUCGACGAUAAGGCUCUAGUAGCAUAAGCAAUGUUGUAUCUAGGGAUAUUCUUUUCCAAUUUUUAUCUGACUCCUUAAAUAUCUAGGUAGUAGCUAAUCUUUUGUCAUAUGAGAUUGUUGCAAUCGAUGUGUGAGAACUCGAGGUGUAAUGCAAUUGAGCACCGAGGCUGCCUCUAAUGUAAAAUGGGUUAUGAUGUAAACAGUUAUGACGUGUGCUUAGUGUGAUGAAGAUCAUCUAAUUGCUUAGGUCCA